AUGGCCCAGUCGGCGACUGCGCGUCGCAGCGAGCCGCAUUCGAGCAAGUUCACGACAGAUCUAGACGCGCACCACCACGCACCGCUUCGCUCCUCGCAGCAACCCGCCAGUCGCGCCUCCACCCCGAGACCCUCGGUAUCGCCGCUCAGCACCGCUUCCAGAGCGAACAAGUCGCCGAUCACGCCGAGGAAGAUGGCGGUGGUGGAGGACGCGGUGGAAGAGGGGGCCGACGCAGACAAUGCCGUCCUCGCCGACCCCACCGAGAUCGGCGAACAGCACGAUGAUCGCUCGAGUAGUUUGAGUGAGCCGGAUGAUGAGCAGGAUCUCACUGCGCAUGAGCUGGAGGCUAUUGAUGGCACGGACGUAGCGCAGCGACCUGCCAGAGGUGUAGCGUUGGACGUCGACUCGGAGGCCGAGACGGAGCGACUGGAGAACACGCCGCAGAAGCCGAGACGACUAUCUGACGCCAUUGGCAAGACGCCUAGUAAGCUCAGUCAAGCGGCGACGGCGGAGGAAGAGCUGUCGGAUCCACCGUCGCCUCUGCCUGUGGGUGCGGGCGCGGCUUCUAGUACGAGCACCGUCAUGACCGGCAUCAAGCGCAAACGAUCCGACACCGCCGAGAGCCCGUUGACGAGCGCCGAGUCUGACUUGGAAGAGUCGCCGCGCAAGCGAAGCUCCGAAGAGCCGAUUGAGGGAGCUGUGGAAGAGCUAGCAGACGUAGACGGUGCUGUUGAUGGUCUUGGUGAGGAUAUUGCAGAAGAAAGUGUUGCCAUUGAUGGCGGCGAAGUCACUCCACUACCCAGUGCGCUGCUCAAAGCCACGAAGGGCAGAAAAGGCAAGCUCAAAGGCAAGCCAGGCAAAGAACGCACAGCAGAGUCACGAACAGAACAAACGCUAGACGACACUACACCACUCGAACCAUUACCAAGCGGAGAAAGCGCAGUCAAGACGGAAGACGAAGCACCCCAAAAAGCCGCCGCCACAAACGUCUACGAAGAAGUAGCCAAACAAUUCGCCUCCUUCCGCGACAAACUCUACACCGAACGCCUCGCCUCCCUAACCGUCGAACUCGACCUCCUCACCGACCCCAACAGCACCCACCCGGAAUACCUCCGCCUCACCGCCUGCCUUAACACGCGCCGGGACAAGCAAAUCCGCGAAGCGGAAUCCUACUACCGCUACCGACUCCGCAGUACACGCGACCGCACCAUCGCCGAGCGCACGCAGUUGCAUAGCCAAUACUUCCAGCGUGUGCGCGAGGCGAGGGAGAGGGUGUUGUAUGGGUUGGGAGAGGAGUGGUAUGGGAUUCAGAGGGAACGACGGCAGCAGCAUCAGGAGGGCGAUGAGGCGUUCGUGUUCAAGUUUGACGGGGGGAGGAGGGGCGAGUUGUUGAGGCAGCAGGCGAGGUGGAAUAAGGAGGUUAGUGUUCUGAGUGGGGUGGCCCGGUGGGUGGGCUGGCCGGCCGCGCCGGAGGUGGUCGGGGUGGAUGGGGAGGAGGCGGGGGGUGACCUCAAGGCGAUGAAGGUGAGCUUGUCCGUCUUUCGGACGGGAUCAUCUCCCGCCGCACUCGCCAACCCACUACCACCACCACCAGCACCACCACCCAAACCGCACAAGCCCAAUCCCAACACCUCCUCUACCCCCGCCUCCCACCCCCGGACCCCACCAACGAACGCCUAG